GCCCUUCCCGCCGCUCCCGGAAGCUGCGCUCGCUGCCCGGGUAACGGGCCGCGGCGGCGGCGGCAGAGGCGCCGUUAUGGACCUGGAGGAGGCGAAAGAGUUCAAAGAACGUUGUACUCAGUGUGCUGCUGUCUCUUGGGGUCUUACUGAUGAAGGCAAAUAUUAUUGCACUUCUUGCCACAAUGUUACAGAAAGAUCUAAGGAAGUUGUAAACACUGAGGCUAUUCCUAAUACUAAAAUACAAGCCAUCAACCGGGGGCUUAAAAGAAAACAAAAACUUGAGAAAGGCUGGGAUUGGUAUGUGUGUGAAGGUUUCCAGCACAUACUUUGUCAACAAGCAGACGCCUUACAGACCCUUGGAGUAGGCCCAGAGUUAAAGAAUGAAGUUUUGCAUAAUUUUUGGAAGCGCUACCUUCAGAAGAGCAAGCAAGCAUAUUGUAAAAACCCAGUUUAUACCACUGGAAGGAAAACUGCGGUAUUAGAAGAUAAUCCAAGUCAUUCGGACUGCGAUAGCGCCCCUGAGCUGCUGAGUGACUUCAGCUGUCCUUCUUUUGUUGAAAGUGGAGCAGAGUCUCAGCCUGAUGGCCAUGCUCGAAAGCCUUUCUCCAUCGUCAAAGCACCACAAUCAGAAAUGGCAUCUAUCUGUUCUGGAUCUCUUGAUGGAGUUGAAUAUUCUCUACGAAAGGAGAAAGGGAUUGUGAAGAUGUCUAUGCCAAGGACGCUUGCUUUCUGCUAUCUGUCCUUACUUUGGCAGAGAGAGACAGUUACUCUGUCAGAUCUUUUGAGAUUUGUUGAAGAGGAGUAUAUUCCUUACAUACAUGCUUUUCAACAAUUUCCAGAAGAGAUGAAAUUAUAUGGGCGUGACAAAGGAAUCUUCGCUAUAGAGUCUUGGCCUAACUAUGAGGAUAUCUAUAAAAAAGUCAUUGAAGUUGCCACAUUUUUAGAUUUGCCACGUUUUCCAGAUAUUACUGAAGACUGCUAUCUUCAUCCAAACAUCUUGUGUAUGAAAUACUUGAUGGAAGUCAAUCUCCCUGAUGAAAUGCGUGACUUAACCUGCCAAGUGGUAAAAGUGACUGGAAUAGGAGAAGUGGGUUUUCUAACAUUUGAUCCUGUAGCUAAAAAGACAGAAACUGUUAAAUAUGAUGUACAAGCUGUAGCUGUCAUUAUAGUAGUACUGAAACUGCUCUUUUUAUUGGAUGACAACUUAGAAUGGUCUUUGUCUAGUAUUGCUGAGAAAUAUAAUGAAGACAACAAAGAAGAUAAGCCAUGGUUUGAUUUCAGAAAAUGGUACCAAGUUAUGAAGAAAGCUAUUGAUGAGAAAAAACAAAAAUGGGAGGAAGCCAGAGCAAAGUAUAUAUGGAAAAGUGAGAAGCCGCUCUACCACUCUGCCAUUGACAAGCCAGUGGUACAUAAAAGAAGAGAAAUGGUGGUGAAUCUACAAAAACAAUUUAGUGCACUGGUUGAUUCAACACCAGCUGUUGAAAAAAAAAGCCCUUCAAGUUUUCAGUUCAACUGGACUGAAGAGGACUCUAAUAGAACUUGUUUCCAUGGACAUAGCCUCCAGGGAGUCCUGAAGAAGAAGGGCCAGUCACUGAUGACCAAGAAUUCCCUGUACUGGCUGAGUACGCAGAAAUUCUGCAAAAGCUACUGUAAACAUGUGACAACCUAUGAGGAAUCAAAUUUUUCUCUGAGUUACCGGUUUGUACUAAAUCUCUUCUCCUUCUUAUUAAGAAUAAAGACGUCCUUUCUCCAUGAAGAAGUGAGCUUAAUAGAAAAGAGACUUUUUAAAAAAAAGUAUAAUAAUAAAACGAAAAAGAAAUCUUCAAAAUCCAGGAAAGUGAGAAAACAUUGAGAAAAAUGAAGUGGAAACUCUUCUUGGGAAGCUAUUUUAAUAGUGACAGUGAUAUCAAAUUGUAACACUCCAGAGAAUGGUGAGAAUAGAAUUUUAUUGCAUAUAUGUAUACAUACGUAGACACACAUAUGUACAUAUAUAUGUAUCAAACUGCUUAUAAAAAUGUAUACUGGAAAAC